GUGGAAGGAAUAUCUCCUGCAUCAGUAGUCAAAGAUGUUAUCAAAGAAGCUGAACUUUGUUUUGGCAUAUCUAAUGAUCUCAUGCACGUUAAUUUUAUUGAUAGAGGUGAUCUGAUUGAUUCUUCCUCUUUGAUGGAGUCAAAUAUCGUCAAUGGGUCCACUUUGCAUGUUACAACAUCAAAAUCACUGGAGGCCUUAUUCAAGUCUAUAAUAACGAGUGAUAUGAAUCUCCUUAUCGAAAUUCUUCCCUUAUCCAUCUGGACCUUUCAUCAGUAUGCCAACAAAAUAUCAGCAGGACUACAUUGCAUCUCGUCUGAAUACUGCUCUCCUGUUUGCUUCUGGAAUGGGUUUGGCAAACGUUUGCAACACACUAAUAUGUUUAGGUGCAAAUCUCAUUUUUCAUCAGGAGAAAUAAUUACAGAUCUUGUUAAUCGUGGCGCUGAUAUAAAAACGAAAGAUAUUUUUGGUGAAACUGCAUUAGAUAUAGCUCGACGGUAUGGUAAUCAUCAUGUAAUUAAACAAAUACUACGACUUAGUUGGUUACAAAGAUGUAAAUCUUCAAAACCACAAUAUUCGAAUAUACCUCUGCGUGCUUUUCAAAUGUGUGAUUCAGCGUAUCCGAAAUGGCGUCGAAAUCUUAAUGGUCAAAUCUAUUUACAAAAACUUACACCAAGAGGUGAAUAUUUUGGAUCAAGACUGGAUGCACCAAAAUGGAAUUGGCCUAAAUUAGAAAUGGUAUUAACUAGAAAACAGAUGCACCUUGAAGCAAGAUCAACUGGUAAUCGUAUCAAAUCUGCUUUACCUUUUUCAUGUGCAAAAUAACAUCGUCAUCAUCAU